CAGCCAUGAAUAUAUUAGUUCUGAAACCGUCCAUCGGAGCAGUCGACUUAGCAGGAUGUUCCGGUUUUCGUUCAAUCUUUCGAAGGGAUUCCUUUGGAGAAGCUUAAGCUGGUUUGGUUUAGUUUUUGCCUUUGCCUCGGCCAUGGAGACUUCAAUCCUGAAACAGGUGGACUUCAUGCACGACAUCCAAGAGGAAUGCGCGAAUGCUACCGGAAGUGAUCGAGCCUACCAGGAACUGAUCCAGGUGCUGAAUCAGGAAAUGCCUCGCUGCUUCGUGAAGUACGUUAAUAUGAGCUAUCUCCAGGCUCCGGUUGAUGAGUUGGAAAAGCCGGAACAGACCAAGAUGUUGACUGAAAUUUGUGAUCAAAUCGGGAAAUCGCUGACCUGUAUCGAUCCAGUGGUGGAAAAACUUAAACCGUGCAUAAAAGAUAGUGACGACUUGGACAUUCUCCAGAAGAUUGUAGAUACAGUUCCGGAAGCUCUGAAGAUGAUCUGCAACGGAACCGGGGAAAUGCUUAUGAAACUUCGAGAACCGGUGUCCAGAUCUUGUGCUGUUGAGCUUGCUCCAGCCAUUGACGAGUGUAUGGAUUUGAUGAGCAACAAAACUAUGGAGAUGGAUCUUAAGAGCUACUCGCAGCAGGAGUGCAAGGAAAUCUACAUGAUGCAGGGAUGUUUGAGUGCCAAGAUUCAGGACUGCGGGGCCGAAAGUUACUUGGAGCUGUUCGAUUUGUUCUACCGUAAUCUGUUGGCGUUGACACCCUGUGGAUAGUCGAUUUAAUAAAAAUGUUCGUAUUGUUGGCUGUUGUCAUGAAUCUUCAAAGCAAAAAGUGCAGGUUAAACUUUGUCCAGCUGCUUGUUAAAAUGAGCACAAUUUUUUCGAAAGUUACUUGUCACAUGUCUUAAUCUACAAAUGCUGGUGUGUUUUUUUAAAUUUCUGUACUAGAGCUUUUCGAAAUUCGAUCAACUUCAAAAUUACCACCAAACACAUCAAUCGUUUCUACAACAACUAUUUGUUUUUUUUUAAUUAUUCAGGUUUAUUAUGCUUGAAAAUAAACAAAAGUUUUUUUAUUUGAAAUA